UAUGAUAAAAAAAAUAUUGUAUUUUUGCUAUAAUAAUAAAAAAAUAUAAAUAAUAUUUGGCUUAUUGUUUAAACAAAUACGAUAUGUCAUUUGUUUUUACACGGCUCCAAGCAGCCUUGAGAAAUGGAAUAAUAAACAAGGUACCAUCAAGAUGUUUUACUCGUGGUGUUGUCUUACACAGUGAAGAAGCAGAAGAUGAUGAUCAAGAAAAACCUGUUCAAUCUGAUCGUAAAAUUGAUCCAGAAUUUGACAGAAGAAAACCAAUUCCAGUUGAAACAAGCAUUCGUUAUUUAGCAAGUGAAGCGUAUAAAAUAAGUUAUGGUGAGCACCCUGUCUGGCAGCCAUACAGAAGAAAUUUCAAAGGACAAAAACCACCACAAAAAACAAGAAAAACUUGUAUUAGACAAGGUCUUAUUGCAACUGGUAAUCCUUGUCCAAUUUGUCGAGACAAAUAUCUUGUUCUUGAUCACAGGAAUGCAGCUCUUUUGAAGCAAUUUGUAUCUCCAAUUAACGGAGAAGUCAUCAGUUUUCUAAAAACUGGACUUUGUCAAAGACAACAUCAAAAUCUUCUUGUUGCUCUGCAUCGAGCAAGAGAUUACGGUACUCUUAAUUUGGAUGUACCAAGAAGAGUUUAUGAUUAUUCCGAGUGGUACAAACCAGAAUCAGAACAGCCAUCAUCAUCAACAACAACAACAACAACAACAACAACAACAACAACAUCACAAAAUUAA